AUGAAACUUCACCUUCUCUCUCCUCCGGCUUUCAAGGUUGAGCGUCUCAUGAGCAGCAACUGCGGCAGUCGCCUGUGCCUGUUCGGUUCCCGGGGCGUGACUGUCGCGGAGUUGCCCAGCAGGUGGGGUCGCGGCGGUCUCUUCAAUUCCGGCAGCAAGACUGUGCUCUGCAAGAGCUACUCACUAGACGAACGGUUCCUGUACUCGCAGGGUGAAGUCCGAAGAGUUCAAUGGCAUCCCACUUCAAUGUCACAUGUGCUGGUCUUGCUCUCCGAUAAUACAAUCAGACUUUACAACAUAGCCUUAAAAAACGUCUCGGGGACACGGCUGUGGAUUUCACGCCCAAUUCCCGAUUCGGAAUCCCUGCUCAUCCUGAGGGGAGACGGGGAAGUAUAUAUGAUAGAAUGCACUUUGGAUACAAAAAGCCCUCUCCAACCGAAACUGAUCGGGCCACUUCCGAUCUAUCCGCCGGCGGACGACAACUACGGGUCCGAAUCGUGCUCCAUCUGCGUGUUGGGAGGUGGCGAGACUUUGGUGGUGGUCAUCGCAACAUGCUCCGCCGCUUUGUACCACUGCGUACUUCUGCCCGCUCCGUCGGACAACGAGAACGACGACGGCUACGCAUUGUACGUAAUCGAGUCGGUGGAGCUGAACGUUGUUCUGAACCCGGACGACCUUGGCUUACAGCAAUCUUAUCCUGUACACCUCUACCCGUGUACAAGCAACACGUACGCGUGCAUGCACGUGGGCGGAGUUCACACAGUGACUUUGCCCAUACUGGAACAACUAAAGGAAUAUGUUAUGGCUGAUGAAGCGGAGCUGGAGAGCGCACUAUCGGCUGUAUGUGCGCGCAACAGCUCCGCCCAGCAUUUGGUGUGCUCGGGGCGGCCGCCCACCGGCCUGCUGACGGUCGCUGCGUCGCAACCGCUGCUGCUUGUGCUCUGCGCCGACGGCAAGCUACUCGCCAGAAACCUGGAGCCGUACGAUCUGGAAGAGCAGCUCUACAAGGAAAUCCAAAUGAAGAACCCCGACCUCGAAGAAGACGACCUUAAUAAUUUGCUCAAAGCGAAACAAAAGCUGCCGUUCACAUCAAUUGUACAAGAGAUCUUAGCGAGGGAAUCAUCGCAGCCCAUUCUGAACCUGAACAAGAGUAAGGAGCCCAGCCCGAAGGAGUGCUUAGAGCUGCUGACACAGGCGACUAUGCGUCUCCGAGGAGAGUACAUGAGUCGACAGCAGCGAGCCGGUGAUGCGCUGGCCAGGAAGACUGCAGCACUCGCAGCAAUGGCUUCACAUCACUCCAGUUGGAGGGAUGAACUCUUGGAAGAGCUCGAGCGAGUCAAGGCAAAGACAGAGUCGUUGAAACAGAAACGUUCGCUGGCUGAAAAACAUCAGGAAGACUUGAAGUACAGAUGUUCAGCGGUGGUUAGAAGCAUCCGAGCAUCAACUGGUCCCAGCGCUGCAGAACGCGAGCUGCUGGAAGAGCUGCAGCGAUACCGGCGCCGCGGAGAGGCGCUCGCAGACGAGAUCCAGCUGUUGAAACGACACGCGCAACACAACUCCAAUGAGUUGAAAAGGUGGCACGAGGAGUACAAGAAAAAGGACACGGCGCUUGGAAAGUCCCAUAGCGACACCAUAUCCUCCAUACUGCAGCAACAAACCAGUCAAAUAUCUUCCCUCAUAGAAGAAACCAAACUCCUCAAGGAUCAGCUGAGCAUUGUCUAG